AUGACAUGUUUCUCCUACAGAACCUAUGAUCUGAGACCUACAGCAGACAGAAGGAACCAGAGAAGAGCUGCUGAGAAGCACACAUCACCUCUCACUCCAAACACACACCAACUGCCCAAACACAGACCGACAGCCAGAGCCGAACGGCAGAGAGCACAUCCACCCGUGGUCUUCCUGAAGACACACCGGACCGGCAGCAGCACCGUGCAGAACAUCCUGUUUCGACUCGGGGAACGAGAGAGCGCCACCUUCGCCUUUCCCUCCCACACUUACCAGUUUAACUACCCAGACAGAUUCAGAGCGGCAUUUGUGGACGAGCUGCCCGAGGGUUCAUCUCAGUUCGACUUGCUUUGCAGUCACAUGCGUUUGGACCUGAGGGAGGUGAUGCCCCAGAAUGCUGUCUUCAUCACGGUCUUGCGAGACCCAAUCAAGACCUUUGAGUCAGUCUUUGGGUACUACACCUCCACCGUCCCAGCAUUCCUCACUGCGCAUCGAGCUGCCGCCAUCGAAGGCAAAUCUGCGCUCUCUGUGUUCCUGGACUCUCCGGAGAUCUUCUGGGACCCGAAGGAACCUGGGAACGGUCUUGCCAAGAACCCAAUGAGCUUUGACAUGGGGUUCAACAACCAGAAGUGGAACGGCUCCUGGCCAGAGGACUUGGCGCAACUGGAGGAAGCGUUUCACCUGGUGAUGAUCGCAGAGCACUUUGACGAGUCCCUGGUUCUCCUGGGAGCUCUUCUCGGACUGGAACAUGAGGAUUUGGCUUACCUUCGGCUCAAUGUUCGUGCCAGCAACAGCGUGACGGAUCUGGACGAGAACAUGCAGGCGAAAGUGCGAUCGUGGAAUGUGCUGGACACACUGCUCUACGACUUCUUUGUGCAGGUGUUCUGGGAGAAGGCGUCUCAGUUCGGGAUGGAGAGGUUGAAAGUGGAGGUGGAACAGCUCAGGGCCUUUACGGAGGAUGUACGACGGAAAUGUGUGUCCAGGGCUGAGGUUCCUCCGGGAGAGCUGGAGGACUUGCUGCGCCCAUGGCAGACGGAGACAGCCACUAUUGUGGGAUAUGAGGUGCAGGGGAACCUGUCGCUGCAGGAUCAGGGGUUCUGCAUUCGGAUGAUGCUUCCUGAGCUUCAGUAUCACUCGCACUUGUACUUCAAGCAGUAUGGUAGAGAUAUGAGAGCCGCUCCAGCUGACUGAAGUCUUGGACCAGGUGGGAUUCAAUGUCUCAGGCCUGGUCUUGGCUAAUGGGACUCCAUCAACUCUUCACAGAACAAGUCUGGUGGAGUUGAACUAAGAUGGAGCAUUGCACCAUCAAAAUGCAAGUCCUAGAUAAAACAGGAUAGCAACACUCCUUCCCCAAACAGUGGUCUACAUCAGUGGUUCCCAACCUAUGUCCUGGAGGACCCCAAACAAUACACAUUUUGGAUGUUUCUCUCAUCUGACAAAACCAUUUCAGUUCUUGGAGUUUUUACUAACAAACUGAUGAGCUGAAAAAGGUGUUUCUCAUUAGGACAGUGGUA